GAAAAAGGAAAGGUCUUCCAGAGACCCCGCUGGUAAUGAGAUUCAGUUUGUUGUUAAAACGUUAAACUAAGAUUAGGAUAAAAGCGAGCGCAGGUACAGUUGGUUUCAAUAGAGUUGUUAUGGAAAUUCUGUGAAUGAGGGGGAGUGGGACUUAGUCUUCAAGAGGGGGCGCUGUAGAAAAGCCAGACUUUCAGUUUACUGUACCUGUUAAGUGACUAUAUCUGCAGAGAAAAGAAAACUUUUUUAUAUGAUGCUGCUUUUCACAAACGUAAAUUCUCAAAGUCUCCUUAAGGCUCCAGUGGUAAUGAGAUUCAUCCCCCAAAGUUCACAAAGCGGAAACUGUUCUCCGGGAAUUUUAUUCUUCCUGUCGUUCGGAGCACUGUUGGCUCAACUCGCCGUAUUUCACACAUUAACUGUUGUGUUCGCGGAGAGACGUUUUUAUUCUGCAGGCUGUCUCCACUACCUCACAGUAGAAAAAUGCCAUCCCUGCUUCACAUGCCACAGAAAAACAGCCAAGUUCAAUUGGUAGGAAAAGAAAAAAAAUAUUUAGGUCUUUAAAUGCAAAAAGGAAUUUGAUGGGGGCGCAAGGCAGGGGUGGAAAUGUGACCAUUUUCCUGCCAUGAAAAGCAAAAUUUUCACGAAUGAAUUUGCGCCUGGUUCACUUUCUUCCCGUGGAUUGUUUUUCCAGCGAUUAGAGGAAGAAAUGGAAAGAGUCAGGGUUAUGAUGUGUGUGUGUCGUGGAUGCCAACGUAAAUUGAACAGCCAUUUUUCCUGUAGAAUGGGCUCCUGUGUUAAAAGGCCCAUUAUUCACUGACCACAUCAAAGGAACGUUACAUUUCAAUCUUGCUCACUUCAGGGAAAAGCAGCAGAGUCAUAAAUCUACAGCAACAAAUGGCGGUGGGCUCGCAUGUGUUCAGGAUCUAAAAUGGGUAGAGGGGCUGUGAUGCUACAGAGCUCUUGUGUGGUCUUUCCCUGUGUGUUUCUCCCCCAGCGGCUUCUUCCUCCUCUUACAUUCUCUCUUCCCUCUUUUGUGGCUCUGAGCCUAUGAGCUGUCGUGGGCCCUUCCUCACUACACACCCAGCAGGGCUUUAAAAAGGAAGGUCUUAGCAGACACACAGACUCUCCGCCUGUGCCUUUGCCUGUUGGUCUCGGUGUGCAGCUACGACAAAGUUGCUUGGAUUAGCGAUGCAGACGCCACCGCGCUGGGCCCCCAACCUCCUGCUCAUCCUCCUGAGCCCUGUCCUGCUUGCUGUUGGAGGGGCCGCGGUGGAGAGCCAAGCGCUGCGUGAACUGGAAAAGGAUCCAUCUUUUUGGGAUGCUCAGGCGAGAGCUACACUGGAUGCUGCGCUCAAACUCCACCCUCGGAACCACCAAGCCAAGAACAUCAUCCUGUUCCUCGGAGAUGGGAUGGGUGUGUCCACUGUGUCAGCAGCUCGAAUCCUGCGGGGUCAGAUGGAGGGUGGAUCAGGGGAGGAGACGGUUCUGGCCAUGGACGCCUUCCCUUAUGUGGCUCUGUCUAAGACCUACAGCGUGGACAGGCAGGUGGCAGACAGCGCUAGCACAGCUACAGCUUAUCACUGCGGGGUCAAGGCCAACGCUAAGACGCUCGGAGUCAGCGCUAAGGCGGUGGCCUACGAGUGUAACACCACCUUUGGUAACGAGGUCUACUCGGUGUUACGACGUGCCAAGGCACAAGGUAAAUCCGUUGGUAUAGUGACAACCACUCGGGUCCAGCACGCCUCCCCGGCUGCUGCCUACGCUCACUCCGUCAGCCGCAGCUGGUACAGUGACACGCACCUCCCCCACAGCGCCCGUGAGCAGGGCUGUGUCGACAUCGCCACCCAGUUGGUCACCAACGUUGACAUUGAUGUGAUCCUCGGGGGAGGAAGGAUGUACAUGACACCAAAAGGAACUCCAGAUCCAGAAUAUCCUACCUCCAAGUCGUGCAAGGGCGAUCGUAGAGACGAGAGGAACCUGAUUGACGUGUGGCUGAAGGCUCAACCGGCUAAAAAGUCACAGUACGUCUGGCACAGGAAGGAGUUUGACGAGAUCGAUGUCGAAACUACUGAUCGACUCAUGGGUCUGUUUGAGCCAAAAGACAUGAAAUUUGAGGUUUUCCGGAACAGCACACGAGACCCCUCGAUUGUGGAGAUGACGGAAAAAGCCAUACAAAUCCUCAGCAAGAACCCCAAAGGAUACUUCUUGUUUGUAGAAGGUGGGAGAAUCGAUCACGGUCAUCACGACGGCAUCGCCAAACUGGCUCUGUCUGAAGCGGUGAUGUUCGACCAGGCCAUUCAGCGAGCAGCACGGAUUACCAAGGAAUCAGAAACACUGACGGUGGUCACUGCAGAUCAUUCUCACGUGUUUACCUUUGGAGGAAACACACCACGAGGGAAUCCAAUUUUUGGUUUGGCACCAAAGAAAGCUGACGACAGAAUGCCCUUCACCAGCAUCCUCUACGCCAAUGGCCCCGGCUACGUCCAUGUAAAUGGAACCAGAGAAAACAUCACGAUGGUGGAUUACUUUGACGAGGAGUACAUGCAGCAGGCGGCCGUCCCGUUGGACACGGAGACUCAUGGCGGAGAAGACGUUGCCAUCUAUGCCAAAGGCCCCAUGUCUUACCUGUUCCAUGGGGUAAAAGAGCAAAACUAUGUGGCUCAUGUCAUGGCCUACGCUGCCUGUCUGAAGCCUUACACAAACUGUCCCCCGCAUCCACACCACAACCACCAUCGACGAAAUUCAGCUGACGCUGUCAACACUCACCCCUGCUUCCUGUUUGUCACACUCAGCCUCCUCUGGCUGUUGAAAUGACCCCAAAACACACAGAUAUGUCAAAAGUCACAAUCCUACAAACGCAGUAUAUCCAUGCGGUAAUACAGGGACUUCAUGCACUUCCAUGUCAAGGCAGCUUGCGAGGAUAAUAUUGCAUCCAUAUACAUGGAGUACUAUUUACCAGGUGCUUACUGACAAACAUAUAUUGUAUGGUGGAAACGAGAUAUUAAUGAAGGCAAACAUGAAUUCAUCGUCAUGUUUCUCAAAAAAAACAAAACUAAAAAAACAAAAAUAUGUCUGAUUUACAAAGCUGCCGGCACUUUACUGAGACUUUUCCAUCAUGACUACUAACAUUAACUCAUGUUUGAGAAGCAUUUGUUUGUUCUAGGUUUGAAACCAGGCUUUUCCUGAUAUCAUCUUCGUCAACUGAAAGGAUUGCUAAUGUUUUAUUUGUGUUCUUGCUGAUGUCAUCUGCUGCCACUGAUACCAUUUGACGUUGGGUCUCAAUGAAAAGGCAAUGGGCUGGAAAGCAGUGUUUUAUAGAUGGCGCAGCACUUUGGAAAAUUGUGUGAGUGAACUCCGACCACAGUCAGGACAGUAAACAGGAAAAUUUCUGUCCUUUUAUUUUUUCUUUAUUUACAGAAGGCUGUUAAAGCCAAAAGGAAACAAAUAUAAACAAAUUUAGUGCACAGUAAACCCAGGCACUGGCACAGAAAGUGAGCAGAGCUUUAACACCAACACCCUGUUUCUCAGCUCAGAGGGUGUAAUUUCAACUGUCAGUCUGAACUGAGAAAUGGGCCUCAGUUAGGUGUAAAAGCCGCACCCGUCGUCUGCGGCGUUCAACUGAAAGUAGAGGCGAGUCUUCAGGUGUAUUAUUAAAUUGCUUGUGUCGUAACAAAACAAAUUUUACAGUAAGUCUCCUGUCUUAGUUCAUCUGCGGUGUUAAAACUGCUGAGAAUGUUGAGACUUACAUAAACUACCCAUGAGGGCAAAAAAAAAAAAAAAACUGGGGAAGGAAAACACUUGCUGAAUGGAAUGAGUAUUUCAAUAUAUCAGGUCAGACUCUGAUUCUGGUAUUAGCAUCAACACCUCCUACCUAUUCUAAAUAUCCCUGUGAGUACCAUGAUCGCUGCAGUAUCUGUAACUCACUAUUUACAAAAUAAACUGAGACUUCCAUCAGAAUAGUUUUCAACAAACUCGGUGCUCGGUGUCCGUCAGUGGACCAUGAAUUAUGAGCCAUCACUCCAACAGAUCUUUUAACAUACUUUCUUGUUGUGCGAUGUGAGUUAAAAAAUCUAAAGUACUGUAUCUCUGUCAGGGGUAAUGACGCUUUUGAACAUUUGUCUUUUGGCCUGUUUGAGGUUAAAGCAGUAAAAACUUCUCCAGCUAGGUUGUCGCUUGUCGUCAAGCACGUAUAUUGAAUUAUGUUGACUUUGUAUAUGGAUAUAUUUUGUAAACAAAUGGUGUCAAUGUAUUUUUAUACUGUUUUUUAUGAUGCAUAUCAAUCCAAAUUAAAAGAAGACAUUUGGUAAGUUUAUUGCUUGCUUUUUAUUCCUCUAGCAAUUGUUACUUACCACCAACAAUGGCACAGGGGGAGAUUAUCUCGCAAAUUGCGACUAACCGUUCAA